AUGUCCACCCAGUUGGUCCUCGAAUUCUCUGGCGGCUCCGAAUUUCUGGUCGGCAACCAGAAGGUCCACCAAGUUUCGGUGCCGCUCGAGUCGCCAACAGUCCGCGGCCUGAUUCGCUGGAUCAAGGAGCAUCUGAUCACCGACCGGGCCCGCGACACGCUCUUCGUUUCCGAGGAUUCGGUCCGCCCGGGCGUGCUCGUGCUCGUCAACGAAUGUGACUGGGAGCUGUGCGGCAAGGAUGACGCCAUCCUGAAGGAGGGCGACGUCGUCACCUUCAUCUCCACGCUGCACGGCGGA